UUGCUUUUCCCUGCGAUUCUACGCGGGUACGCUGCACGCGGGCUUCCCUCCCAGGCUGCAAGCUGCGACCUCAUUGUGAUUGUUGUGGCUACUGAUCGUAAAGUUAGAUUCGCCAUCUAUUAAUCUUACCCUGUUUCAGAAUCAAAAAAGUAUGGCUGAUUCACAGGACGACAAGCUUUACAAAGCCGAAUAUGCGAAAAGCGGACGUGCAUCAUGCAAGAAAUGCAAAGAAAAUAUUGCAAAAGACUCACUGCGAAUGGCUAUCAUGGUGCAGUCCCCUAUGUUUGAUGGGAAGGUUCCUCACUGGCACCACUUCUCCUGUUUCUGGCUGAGGGCGGCCGCUCAGUCCACGGCUGACAUCGCCGGCUUCUCUGACCUCCGCUGGGAAGACCAGGAGAAGGUCACCAAAGCCAUCGAGACCGGAGGAGCAGCAGGAGGGAAAGGGGAUGCCAAGGGCGGGGCCAAGGGAGAGAAAACGCUGAAUGACUUUGCGGUGGAGUACGCCAAAUCCAAUCGCAGCACAUGCAAAGGGUGUGAGCUGAAAAUUGAAAAGGACCAGAUCCGGGUCUCCAAGAAGACGGUGGACCCAGAGAAGCCCCAGCUGGGCCUGAUUGACCGCUGGUACCACACGGCGUGCUUCGUGGGCCGCAGGGAGGAGCUGGCCUUCAAACCCGAGUACAGCGCCGCCCAGCUGAAGGGCUUCAACACGCUGAGGGCCGAGGACAAGGAGGAGCUGAAAAGGAAGCUGCCCGCCGUCAAGGCUGAGGGGAAGAGGAAGGCCGACGUGGUGGACGGCGAUGCGGGCUCCAAGAAGCAGAAGAAGGAGGCGGAGGAGGAGAAGAAGAAGCUGGAGCUGCAGAUGAAGGAGCAGAGUCAGCUGGUGUGGGGCAUCAAGGACAAGCUGAGGCAGUUCUGCUCCACCAACGACAUGAAAGAGCUGCUCAUCGCCAACGGGCAGGAGGUGCCCUCUGGAGAGUCCAACGUCGUGGACUGCCUGGCUGACUGCAUGGCGUUCGGGGCGCUCAAGCCCUGCGAGGAGUGCAAGGGCCAGCUGGUGUUCAAGAGCGACGCCUACUACUGCACCGGAGACAUCUCCGCCUGGACCAAGUGCGUCGUCAAGACCCAGACGCCCAACCGCAAGGACUGGCUCACGCCCAAGGAGUUCCAUGAGGUCCCCUUCCUCAAGAAGUUCAAGUUCAAGAGGCAGGACCGGCUGUUCCCCAAGGUGGCUCCAGCUCCGCCCACCGCCACGUCUGCAGCCCGGCCCGUCCCCAGUGCCUCCAGCGCCCCCAGCAGGCCCCUCCCAGAAGGAGCCCCCGCAGACAAGCCCCUGACAGGUAUGAAGCUGCUGACCGUGGGCAAACUUUCCAAGAACAAGGACGAGCUGAAGACUGCCGUCGAGGAUCUGGGCGGGAAGAUCACCAGCACCGCCAAUAAGGCUGCUCUCUGCCUCAGCACCAAGAAGGAAGUGGAGAAGAUGAGUAAAAAGAUGGAGGAGGCGAAAGAAGCUGGUGUGCGUGUCGUUUCUGAGGACUUCCUCAAAGACAUCAAGUCCUCAGGCAAGGGCGUCCAGGAGCUUGUCUCCCUGCACGGGAUAUCCUCCUGGGGGGCCGAGGUCAAACUGGAGCCCCAGGCUCCAGCAGCGGCCUCCAAGUCUGGACCUCCGGCCGCCAAGAGCACGGGGAGAGUGAAAGAGGAGGAGGGUAGCAGCAAAGCCAAGAAGAUGAAACUGACAGUGAAGGGAGGAGCAGCGGUGGACCCUGACUCAGGUCUGGAGAACAGCGCCCAUGUGCUGGAUCAGAACGGGAAGAUCUACAGCGCCACGCUGGGUCUGGUGGACAUCGUCAGGGGCACCAACUCCUACUACAAACUGCAGCUUCUGGAGGAUGACGUGCACAAACGGUAUUGGGUGUUCAGGUCAUGGGGCAGAGUGGGCACCACUAUUGGGGGCAACAAGCUUGACAAGUUCCAUGAUAAGAACUCUGCCAUGGACAACUUCCUGGGGGUUUAUGAAGAGAAGACAGGCAACGCCUGGGGCUCCUCCCACUUCACAAAAUACCCAAACAAGUUCUACCCCCUGGAGAUCGACUAUGGUCAGGAUGAGGAAGCGGUGAAGAAGCUCACAGCUAGCGCUGGCACCAAAUCCCGGCUGGCCAAGCCUGUCCAGGAGCUCAUCAGAAUGAUCUUUGAUGUAGAGAGCAUGAAGAAGGCCAUGGUGGAGUUUGAGAUUGACCUUCAGAAGAUGCCCCUGGGGAAGCUGAGCAAGAGGCAGAUCCAGAGUGCCUACGCCCUCCUCAGUGAGGUCCACCAGGCUGUAACUGACAGUGCUUCAGAGUCCCAGGUCCUGGAUCUGUCCAACCGCUUCUACACCCUCAUACCUCACGACUUCGGCAUGAAGAAACCGCCCCUGCUCAGUAACCUGGACUACAUCCAGGCUAAGGUUGAGAUGCUGGACAACCUGCUGGACAUCGAGGUGGCGUACAGUCUGCUGAGAGGUGGAGCAGAGGACAACAAGAAAGACCCCAUCGACAUCAACUAUGAGAAACUCAAGACCAAGAUCGAGGUUGUUGACAAGAGCACCAAAGAAGCAGAAAUCCUUCUGCAGUAUGUUAAGAACACACACGCCGCUACGCACAACACCUACACACUGGAAGUAGAAGAGAUCUUCAAGAUAGUCAGGGAAGGAGAGUACCAGAGGUACCGUCCCUUCGAAGAACUGCCCAAUCGCCAGCUGUUGUGGCAUGGCUCUCGCACCACCAACUACGCUGGCAUCAUGUCCCAGGGUCUGCGUAUCGCCCCACCAGAAGCUCCAGUGACCGGUUACAUGUUCGGAAAAGGUGUGUACUUUGCCGACAUGGUGUCCAAGAGUGCCAACUACUGCCACACCUCUCAGUCAGACCCGGUGGGUCUCCUUCUACUGGGAGAGGUUGCCCUCGGCAACAUGCAUGAGCUGAAGAAGGCUUCACACAUCACAAAGCUACCCAAGGGCAAACACAGUGUUAAAGGUGUGGGUAGAACUGCCCCUGACCCUAACGCCACAGUCACCUUAGAUGGGGUGCAAGUGCCUCUGGGAAAAGGCACCAACACCAACAUCGAAGACACGAGCCUGCUGUACAACGAAUACAUCGUGUACGAUGUGGCCCAGGUAAACCUGAAGUACCUGCUGAAGACCAAGUUCAACUACCAGACCUCACUGUGGUGAGAGGUUGGUCUUUGACCAGACCUGCUCUCGAUGUGGAGUGAAGAGGCCACCACUGUGGUGUCCAAAACCCCUCCGGCUUCAAGACCCGUACUCCGCAAUGGAGGACAUUUUUGACUGUGGAGCAAUACUAUGACAUUUUUGGUUUUCACUGGAUCUUAAAAUCCUAGCCACUGUACACGGCGUCAUUGCAGUCGCUGCUAGCCGUCCAUUGUUCUGCCCAUCAUCCUCCGCAGUCUCUGAUGCUCUUUGGAAACCAGUGUUUCAGAGCUCAGUAGGGUUCAAUUGAGGCACAUCCCAUAAAACAUCGUUUUAAAUAAGUGAAACGCCAUCUUUUAUUUUUGUAUUUCUUAUUUCCAACACCUGUGCAAUUUGGCUGUUGAGGUUAUUUCGCAUACUGUAAGUUUUCACUCCUCUGCAUAAAGUCUUGCAACACCAACAUUUUGGACAGGAAGGUAGGCAUUGACUAGGUUAAGUUGGUAGAUAUUAGCUGGCAACAAGUAUGGUGCAUAUAUAAACCAUGGCUAAAUCUCCAUAGUGACCACUGAUAAAUACAUACUGUAGUAGACUGCAAGGAUUACAUUUUAAGUUGGGACCGUGUAAUAGGCUGUUUUGUUUGUUUCUCUGAGUGUUUGUCAAGGUAGACUUUGGGAGAAACAAAGUUUGUGCUUAAAUCUCUAGAUGUAUGUUAACUGACAACUGUAAAAUAAAUGCUUGAUUAUGAUUGUU